UGAGAACAAACGCAGUUUCAAUCUCAGCAAAAACUAUGCUAUUAUUAAUACUUCUAUUAUGUACGUAUUGUUUUUAAAAUGACAACAACUUAUUAAUAUCCCACUACUGGGAAUAUAUGUCGCCCUAUGGAGAAACCCAUGAUCAGUACGGUCGUUCAUUGUAUUUUUCUUGUCUCUACGAAUGGUAGUUACUGCUUUUCAUCAGAUGCAACGAUAAUUUCUUGCGACUAUAACAAUACUGAUUAUCCCGAUAUCCAAGAUAUAUUUUCUAUUCUGAAAAACAAUGAAACGCAAUUACCUUCAGACGUGAAAGCUCUAGACGUCAAACUGAAUAUAGAAACACUAGACGUUAACAAAUUUAAAAAGAAAAUGCAAACUUACGAGGCAGAAAUGUCGAAACUGUAUAAUAUAAAUAACAAUACAAUUAACAAUACCGAAGUAUUCAGUAACGACACUAGAAGAUUUUAUAUUCCUUACAUAUGGUCUUGGUGGAAUGCAGCGUCUACGAUGGCUCACAAAUUAAAAACAUUGGACAUGAUGCUACAAGUAUUACAUAUGGCAAAAUUUAAAAUAAAUCAGUUGGAAACGUCUAAAUACUUCAAUCAGAAAGAUACUGGCUACCGCAUAGCAUUUCUGUACAGACGGCUCAGAAGAAUUUACAGAAAAAUUAUAGACAUUUAUAUGACGACAAAAUUGAAAAGAGACCAAGGCAAAGAUUCGAAUAUUGCCAUUUCUGGCCAUCAGAGGGCGGUUAGGUUCCACGUUGAUUUCUUGUACUUAUGGUGGGUAUUGAUCCGUAUAGACAAAAGAUUUCAAGAUCAGAAGAAAUCAGCAAGUACAACACGUGCUACUCUAAAACGAAAAAAAACUAAAUAUUAAAAUAUCAACUUUUCAUUACAGUCCAAUAACUUCAUUUAUAUGACCAGCUCCAGUUUAAUUAGAAUAAAGACUCACAAACGUAACCUUCGUUCCAAUAAUACUCUCCAAUUAUCUUUCCCCUCUC